GGCACUGUGACUCUUCUGCUUUUACGGACUUUUGCUGCUACAGUCAGCUGGAUGUGCUGCAUUUUAAUCUGACAUCUCAUCGCACUCAAUGGAGUUGUGCUCCCUCCCGUCAUUUGCAUCCAAGUUUUCGACGCCUGGCAAGUCCUCUAGCUCGCGCCUUUCCAGGCUUCAUGCUCCUGCGUUCGCUGGACAGGGUGGCACCUCUAAGUUUGGCUGCCGUACCGCACUCUUGAGACACGUCUUUGUGUGCUGUGCCCGGAAUUCCCACACAUCCGUUUUGUGUCUCCUCCGGCCUUCCUGUGAACUGCCGCAUCUUUGGGGGAGUUGCAUCUCGUGGAACCAGCUUGUUGGGGUGCCUCACGGCUGGUUAUGCAUUUGCGCAAGUAAGACCAGGGAAUUGUUGCGGAUCCCCCAUGUAACCCUCCCUAUUCAUGGCACUCCUAGUACAGAACGUAAGGGACAUCUCUCCCUUGUGCGCCCGUAGAUGCACAUCGAACGCAAACAGAAUCACCAUUCCCAGUCUUGCAUUUGAACAUUGAAAAUCAAUGCGGUUGAAAAAGCCCAACAGUCGGGUCCAAGCCGGUUUCCACCCUUUCCUCCAGGGGAUGCGGCGUCGUACCUGCCUUUCCCUCUCUAUUCCGCAAGUCGUUUUGCGACACCCUGCUGCUGGAUUCAUUUGUGUGCCAUGCAGAAGGCGCGUCACGGUGCCCAGCACUACUGAGUUAUUUGUUUGGGUGCUUUCGUGGUUUUUGCCGCAUUCUGGCGACCCCCCUCCCUUCUUCUCGAAUGAGCUUUGCUUUUUUUGUCUGCUCCCAUGUUCCACCGUGUCCGUGAACGCGCCUUCAUCACUUGUUAUUCUCCAAAAAAGGGAAUGCUGCGGCUAGCAGCAUAGUAUCGCUUGACUUCCAGGGCCUCGCAGCUGCACGAGACGCGCAGUUUUGUGGAAGCCAGUGUGCUGUUCAUUUCGCUGGCUGGCUGCUAAAAGACCAUGUUUUUGCCUGCUUUACUUCUGAUAUCCUCUGCAUUGUUCCUGGCAUCUUCCGCCAUUGAGUUCUUGUCAAUUUCCAACGGAAGCACGUGCUCCUUUUGCUGCUCGGGUAUCUCGGGUCACGUCCCGGGGUGUCCCGUCUCUUGGUCUCAACGGUUUUUUUCGCUGCAGUGCAUGACUGUCGCUGCGGCCACAACCACGCGCUGUCGACCGAAAUCUUUGUGUUUCCCUCGACCAUCCAAGCUUGUGAGACCUGGUGCCUCACUGCCAGACACAGCAGGAGCUCGAAGAAGCAACCGACCACGAGUGCGACAGAGCCGCAGACUUCAGCAGAACACCCAUCGCAGCUGCGGCCAGUUUCCGCGUUUAUGAAGCUGCAGCAUUCUUCCCCCAGAAAACAGAAGCAGCGUCGCCUUUUCCCCCAAAAUAGACGUGUGCAUCGUUCCUCCCUCUCCUAGCGACCGAGCUAGGGUCUCGUUGCUUGAACGCUCCGCUGUGUUUACGGACAGUUUAACUGUGGCGUGCAAUAGACUGCGGAGCGCUCCUUUCUUUCAGGUGUGUAUACAACCUGCAUGGCGCUUCGGCUCUGCAGGUGUCCUUGUGAGUGGCAACUCUCAGCUAGUCUGCCUGUCCAGUUUUCUAGUGUUUCUCGCCAUGCCGUCUGAUCCUCCCGAGUCACCUCGAGCUCCUGUCCGUUCCGACGACGCGUCGAGGUUCGGUUCACUCGAAUCGGUGGCACCUGACUUGCCGUUUCCAGAUCACUCUGGCUUGCUCGCAAGUCCCACGCAGGCUGCGAAGAACGAGACUUCAGACGCUGCGGCAGCUGAGGCUGAGCAAGGCGGCGAUUCGUUGACGCUUGCGGCUGCCGCGAGCACGCGAGACGCCCAAACGAACUUUCCAGAACAGAGGGAAACGCCGAAUACGCCGCUAUGGCCAGGCGCCGACGAGCCUCCACGUGUCUGGCUCGAGGAAUCAGAGACUACCCAAGAGGAAGGAAAGGAAGCGAAAUCGCGUGACACGUCACGUUGUGUCUCGCCGUCGCUUUUGUCGACCCUGAGGGACUUGGCUGCCACGCUUACCCCUCGCCUGGAGGACGGAGAGAGACGUCAUGCACACUUCAGUCCGGAUCCUAUCGACCCUGCGAGCAGCAACGCAGCGAACGGUUCCCAGGCGCUCAUCGAGCCGUCCGACGUUCCCUUGUCUUUCCCGAAAGAUCAGGUUUCUUCCGCAGCCAACAUGCCGGAUUCGACCGCGUCCGUAUCUCCAGCAGACAAACAUCGAAAAGCCGAUAAGCCGAAAAGCCAGGACCAACCAGCCAACACGGUGGACCUCGCUUCCAGUGCUGAAGAGGUGGCACCCGUCGUUAAGCUUACCAUCCCCCCUUUACCCCUUGCUCUUCCCGAGGCUUCGUCGGGUCUCCGCCAACGAACCGAAACGAGGGAGUCGCUCACAGAGACCCCCGAGAGUGCGGCGACAGUAGGAACUGCUUCGACCUUCUUGCCAGCUUUCGCUUCUUCGUCUAGAUCUUCCGUUUUUUCGGAAAAUGCUAUCGACGUGCACGACGGCGGCCACCCCUCUAGCGCCGCAGCUCUUUCUCAAGCUCCGCGUGGAGAAGCUCCACCGAAAGGCCCUCGAGGCAGGUGGCACAUGUGCCAACUGCGUUCUCUUUUGAAGAGAGGCAGAAGCCGAUUCAUGACCAGGAAAAAUCUGUGGGACUACUGCGAAGAGUGCAUGACUAACGUUUGGAAGCUCCUCCAGCUUUCGCCGGGAGAGAGAGGCGACGUAGAAAUCUUCGGCAGAGAGGGGAAAGAACCGAUCGAAUACCCGCUGCGACUAGAUAAACCUGCGGGGGAGACGUACGAGCACGAAGAUGAGGAGGAGGAACUCGAGGACACCGAUAGCGGGAGAAUGACAGCCUCUCCUCGCCGGUUCGCAAACGAUAAGCGCGAACGUGCCUACAUACGAGCCAACCAUUCAUUGUUCGAGAGGCGCUUCUCAGGCCCUUACAAUUUGAGCAUGGCCCUGAUGGCUGCGGCCGCGACAGCCGCCGCUUUCGGAGCACUGUUUCUGCAGGUUUGCUUCCCGUUGGUUUUUCUGACCGACGCCUUUCCAUCGUUUUCGACGCCCUUUAAAGGCUCGUUUUCCGACUCCCUCGAAUCUCCGGCGCGGAUCUCGGCCUUGGCGGUGCUGACUUGGUUUGCGUUUCUCCUGCUGGUUGCGUGUACAGUAAUGCUGCCCCAUCUCUGUUUCCGUCACAUUUCUCCGCACACCUUCCACAGACUCUCUUCUCUGUUUCCCUCGUUUCGACCGCCUCCGGGUCCGCCAGCCUCUUCGUCCCCGCCCUUCUUUUCCUUCAAAGCCCCGUUCUCGCUCUCUCCGUCGCCUGUCGAGCUGCGUGCGACACCUGCCCCCGCUACGAUACAUGCAGCAGAUGCAUCGCCUGCGUCGUCCCCGGCUUUGUCGGAGGCGCUCCAAGAUGCCGAGGACGCUCUGUUUGCUUCGACAUUUCUCCGGAUCUACCGCCGCUGCAUGCUGGGCGACAUUUCGGGGGCCGAGGCGCUCGCGGAAGAGGCGGUGGCUCUGUCAGACUCUCAGGCGUGGCGCGAGGAGUGCAUGCAUGUCGGAGGAAAGAACGAAGAGAACGGACUAAAAGAAGGCAAUGGACAAAAAGGUGAGAGCCGCGCACGAGAAGCGCCUCUUUCCCCGCGCGCGCUCUCCAGAGCACUGGAAGAGAACAAAAAGUUGGAAGCGAUCCAGGAGAGUCGCCGCCGGGCCAGUGAAACUCGAAAGGCCAUCAUGUGCAGCAUCACGGAGGUGACUUUGCAUCCUUCUGCCGUCUCCAUCUCUUCCAAGGAGGAAGAAGAAGAGAAGCGGAACUUGGUCCCGCUUCUUGACUACGAAGCCGCCGUUCGACGCCACAUCUGCCGGGGCGCGUGCCUCCUCGGUGGCAUGGCACUCGGCUGCGUUUUCGCCCGCCUUCUUCUCCUCGUGUGUCUGAAAGGGUCUUCACUCGACAGCGACCGCUCUCCGGCUGCGGGAGAGGCGGGGGUCUCUCGGUUUCCUUUCCUAGAGUCGGGGACAGUUCGACUCUCGGCAGUCUCUGCAGAACCUGCCUUCUCCCUCCCCGUCGCCUUGACUGCCUACGCGCGCUGGCUCUCGCUCGAAGUCGUUUCCCUCCUCGCUGUGCUGCAGUUUGUGACUGCUGCACUUGUCUUGAGGCCGCGAGAAGACGCGGGCAUCCUCCAGAGGCUGCUGGCGAUUGCGUGCUCGUUGUUGGUUUUUCUGGGACUCGCCGAACUCGCCCUCGUCGACUCGGGGAUCGCAGGCGUUCCUACGGGGUUCUGGAUUGUAGCGAAAGUCCCUGAACUGCUCGCCGUGACUCUCAGCGUCGGCCUCAGGGUCUUUCUGCUCUGCGUUGCCCUGGUUGCCGCCCGCGUCUCGGAACUCCAUGAGAGGCAGCUGUUCUUUGGUCGAACUCCCCGGCUUUCUUCGUCGCUCUCGACUUUACCCUUGCCUUCUUCUUCGGUCCCACCCUCCCCGGCGGUCCUUUGCGCGACCUCGAGAACUGCCGCUGCUGCUGCGACGAUCCUCGCCCUCGCCGCAAAGCGACGAUCCUCUUGAAAGAUGGAGGCAUUGAAUGGAGAGAGAGAACGGGAGAGAGAACUGGAGAGAGAACGGGAGAUAGAACUGGAGAGAGAACAGGGAGAAGAGAACGAGGGCGAGAGAACACUUUAAGGCGAAGAGAGAAAAGGGAGAGGGAACACGGAAGAGAGAAAGCCACAGGGAGAGAGGGGACAGAAAGGCAGAGAAAGGAAGACCAAAGGAGAGGGAAAAAGAGUGACACAACAUGGAAGAGAGAAACCAGAAAGGAGAGAAAACAAGAGGAAGAGAGAACUCGAACGAGAGAGAACCAGGAGAAGAAACAGGGGAGUGGAGGAGGCGAAGCGAAAUUUCGAAUGCUAGGGUGAGGAAGAGGACAAUGAGGGGAGUAACUGAGUUUCUGCGAGAGGUGCAGCUAUACAUUUCUCUCGGCAGCGUAGUACUCGAUGAGAGAUCGUUACGGGGCGGGAAGCAUCGAACUGGUAAGGAACGGCUCUGUUCUUUUUUUCUCUUUCUGCAUUGCUUUUUUAUCCUCCCUUCCUUCACCUUUCCUCUUGCGCUCUUUAUUUUCCUCCUUCUCCCUCUGCCCUAAUUCCUCGUUUCUUUCUUUUUUGAAAAACGACUCUGUGUGCGAAGGCGGGAGGUUCCACCUGUUUUGGAGCAACUCGGGAAAUCCAAGAGGCGAGAGAAGGGUCGAGCGACUCUGCAGGCUGAGGCGACAGCAGCUGUGAACUCGUUUGCAUUUGUCUUCUCUGUGUCGCCGUCGUUGACCGAUAGUGUGUGGUGUUUGAAUCCGUCUUCUUAAAGUGCGUUCGAGAGAAACGCGGAGCAACACACAGGUGCCCGGGAUGAGAGUGGGGAGACUCUGCAGAGAAGCAUUGAGCAGAAGAGCAACGUCUCUUCUUUCUCAGAGGACGCAGGGAUGGCGACAAGAAAGCUUGCCGCCGCCUAGAGAAUGCAGGAAGUUGUCAAGUGUCCGAAGGCGAAUGCAACACAGGCAGGCCUCGCUUCCCGGCGACAGUGGUGUAGGAAAGUCAAUUCUGGAAAAACCCUCACGGCGACGAACAGCGAGAGACACGAAGCAACUCACUGCAGUUACAGGAAUGAAAGAAACCAUACUGGAAACAAGGAGACAUUCGUAUUGGCUUCGACAGGAGGGGACAGACACGGGAGGCGGCGGUUUUACCAAUGGAAGGAGAGAACGCAUCCCGUGUGAGCGAAACGAAUCGCUUUCGCUCUUUCAUGUGAAGGUGAAACCGACAGACCACCGAAAUCUUUCGCUGAUGUCCUGCAAGGUAUAGAAAAAACCUGAAAAACGUCUUUCGUUUGACAGUGCAGAAAACAGAGAAACCCAUUUCCAUGCGUCUCAUGCGUAUGAGAAAAACUGGGGCUCUCCAACUGUCAACAGGAGACGGCGAUUUCAGAUUCCAAGUACGACGUUUCCAACCUUGCAGGUGAAUACAGAAUUCUCGGAGUCUCAGAUUCAGAGUGGAACGCUUUCACGUUUACAGGCAAAUACAGAAAUCUAGGAAUCUAGAAGACACCACAUGCUUUCCUAGAGAGACCUGACACACCAGACAAACAGCGUUUCUCUGAGCGCACAUGUGAAGCCAUAUAUACUUUGAGACCUACAAUCUUAUGCAUAUACGCGUGUCUUCAUGCUUGUAUCGAAUUAUGCCCCGACGUGAAAGUGGCUCGAACCUUUCUUCAUGACGGUAAACAAAUAUGUACGCAUAUAUAUAUAUAUAUUUAUAUAUAUAUAUAUAUAUAUAUAUUUGUGAGUGUCUGCGCGAAUCGAAGUGUCUCCCGAGAGAAAAUGGUUUG